AUGAAGUUAUUCGCUCUCUUCGCCGUCGUCGCUGCAGCAAGCAGUCAAUUCUCCUGCCCCAAGCCCGUCAACCCCAUUCCCGCAGGACCCCCAGGGCUCUGCUGCCAGGAACUCGUCGAAUACCCCUUGUUAAGCUUCCUUUACACCGGAAACACAUGUACGCGUGCCAUUAAGGUGGACGAAGCGGCUGAUGGGACAACGACAUACAGCCCCUGUGAGACUGGACAGAAUGCGGCGUGUUGUGAUCCAAUAAGUGAGAUCUCGGACUAA